UCCAACCAUGGAGCACCCACAGAGUCAGCGCCUAUGAUUCUCAUGGUCACAGCAGCGUGCUGUGCUCUGCAUAACAUUUGUGAAGCCAAGGUGGAAAACUUUCCCUGGGGUGGAGCAUUGAGGUGGAUUGCCUGGUGGCUGAUUUUGAUCAGCCAGACACCAGGGCUAUUAGAGGGGCAGGCCUUAGGGGCGUGUGAGAAGGGGGCACCACCCAGGGCACCAUGUUCAGGAGGGUGCCACUGUGUGCCUCCAGGGCAGGGGGUGCCCCCCAUCUCACAGUCAUGCUCCACUGCUGCUCCCUCCUCCCCCUCCCUGGAGCUGCCCCUGGCCAACCUGCUCUGGACCAGGAGCCUCCUCCUGUCUGCCAUGUAGAGUAGGGGCAUGGGGCUCAUGUCAGGGUGUUCCCAUCCCUUUGCCUGUGUACCCGGUAGCUGCUGAACUGGGCUUAGAGAACAGGGGGAUCCUCUCUUCUGUUGCUGCUGGCUCAGGAAUGAGUUCUGCAAUGUGUUCAGGCUCCUGCAUGCUCUGAUUAAAGAGACAGCACUCCCCAGCAUGCACUCAGUCGCAAACCAAAAUCUGAAAUGGCAUCCCUGGUGAGCCAGGAGUGCCCAGAGGGCUGUGGGAUGGCUAUGGGCUCUGGCAAGAUGCAGCUCCCAUGUGACAGCACGGAGCCCACCUUGAGCUGCAGGCCAAGUGCCAGGCACGAACAAGCUGCAGCAGCACAGAAGACAAGCUCCUCACUGUCAGCUGGUGUUCCUAAACUUGAUUAUCACUCCAAGUCUUCUCACAAGUAUGUACCUAGGAGAGCUGUGCUAUAUGUACCUGCAGACGAUGAAAGGAAGAUACAAAAAAUUGCAUCUCUAAAUGUAGAUUGUGCUGUAUUGGACUGUGAAGAUGGUGUGGCUCUGAACAGAAAGGCAGAAGCAAGGCUGACAGUUGUGAAAACACUCAAAGAGGUUGAGUUUGGCCAGACUGAAAAGUGUGUUAGGAUCAAUUCAGUGUCCAGUGGUCUUGCAGAACAAGAUCUUGAGGUCCUUUUGAAGUCCAGUGUUCUUCCUUCAAGCCUGAUGCUGCCAAAAGUUAAAAAUGCUGAGGAAAUAAGAUGGUUUUCAGACAAAUUUUUACGUCACUUAAAAGGCCGAACACUUGUAGAACCAAUGAAUUUAAUCCCUUUUGUGGAGACUGCAAUGGGGUUGCUCAAUUUUGAGGCAGUCUGUGAAGAAACAUUAAGCAUAGGAUCCCAAGUUGGCCUUCAUUUGGAUGCAGUAGUCUUUGGAGGAGAGGAUUUUCGAGCCAGCAUAGGUGCUACAAGUAGUAAAGAAACUCAUGAUAUUCUGUACGCCAGGCAAAAAAUUAUUGUCACAGCAAAGGCUUUUGGCCUACAAGCUAUAGACCUUGUGUACAUUGAUUUCCAAGAUGAAGAUGGGCUCCGUAGGCAGUCAAGAGAGGGUGCCCUAAUGGGAUUCACUGGUAAGCAGGUGAUUCACCCUAACCAAAUUGCUGUUGUCCAGGAACAGUUCUCUCCAAGCCCUGAAAAAAUAAAGUGGGCACAAGAACUGAUUUCUGCUUUUGAAGACCAUCAGCGAUUAGGAAAGGGAACCUUUACUUUCCAUGGGAGUAUGAUAGACAUGCCAUUACUGAAGCAGGCACAGAACAUUGUUACGCUUGCCACAGCCAUCAAGAAAAAAUGAUCUAUUAAAUGAAGCUCUCACCAUGUGGGCAGAGAAGCAGUUUUAAAGAACGACUAUAAUAGUUCGGGACAAUGUAAAUACAUCAGAGUUAAGCAGAACUCCAUUUACAUUUCCGCAGAUCUGACAUCAUUUGUCUUGCCAGACUUGCUAAUUGCCAGGACUAUGUGUGAUUUCAAUUAGUGCUUGCGCCGGUGCAGCCCAAUGUGCUUGUCCUGCUGGAUCCUGGAGUGAAGUCAUAGUGCUGGGUAUGACAUCACAAUAAUGAUUACAAGACAGGAUUAUGACUUCACUGGCGGACAGCAGCGACAUCUGGGCUGUGAGGAAAACGAGCUCUUCUAAAAUAACAAAUGAAACAAAAAUCAGGUCAAAUGCUUCUGUUUUGCUGUGCCUUUCCCCGCCCCCAUGGUAUUUGCGGCAAAGUAGAAGUCUUCUUCCGAAGGGCAAACUCGUGCAUAAUUAUUAAAUAGUGGAAAUUGUAGUUAUGAAAAUCAUUUAAUCCCUGUGUGGGCUCCCCCCCCGCUAUAAAUGUACAACAAUCAUUAAAAAGUGAAUAUAGCCUA